CUCCUUACCUUUUAUUCACUCUAUUCCUUAUUCUUUCCUUAUUCUUUUUAUUCUCUUUUCUAUCUCAAAUCCAAGAACAAUAUUACCCUAUCCCUUUAUGAGCUAGGUUCCUGAUAAUUUGGUAUCAGAGCAGUUAGAACCUGAGGAAACUCUAGCUGCCAUUAGAGGUAUGACUAAGAAAAAGGCUGUUGUAAAUGAUACCUCACAGUUGCACACUGUGGUGGAGCAAGUAAAGAACAUAGAGCAAAAGAGUAAAGAAUUUCAAAAAGAAAUAUUUGGUAACCUUGAGCUGUAUAAUCAAUAACUACAAGAGCAGAAGCUAUCUCAAUAGGCUCUACAAGCCUCAGUGCAAGCUUCUCACCAUAUGAUGCAGCAACAUAUGAAUCAAAUGAUGGAGAUGAUGAAGUCCCUAGCUCAGGCUACGUCCCAAAAGACCCUUUCACCCUCACCAACAUCAACUCCUAUACCACCAGCUACCGCUGCUGCCAAACAUGUCAAUAUUGGAGGAAGUCGUGUGGAAGUUUCGUCAAUGUCGGUUCAUCCAACAAUGAUCCAAUUGUCAUAGAGGAAACUAACUUGGAGACUUACAUAAUCCUCUUAGAAAAACCACAAGGCGCAGACUUCAUGGAGUUUAAUGAUUUACAUGGUUGGUAUUUGUCGUUUUUGCCGGCUAACACCUUUAGUUCAGAGCAAUCACGUUUGGUUCAUUCCUAUCGGCAUGUAGUAACUGGGUUUGCUGCAAAACUUACAGCAGAAGAAGCAAAGGCAAUGGAGAUGAGGGAAGGAUUUGUGUUAGCCCGCCCACAAAGGAUGGUCCCUCUGCACACCACCCAUACACCUAGCUUCCUGGGACUCCAGCAAAAUUUGGGAUUUUGGAAACAUUCAAAUUUUGGCAAGGGAGUGAUAAUUGGAGUUGUGGACAGUGGAAUAACACCUGACCACCCUUCAUUUAGCGGUGAAGGAAUGCCCCCUCCACCGGCAAAAUGGACUGGUAAAUGUGAGUUGAAGGGAACAUUAUCAUGCAACAACAAGCUUAUUGGUGCAAGAAACUUCGCUACUAACAGUAAUGACUUGUUCGAUAAAGUGGCACACGGGACACACACAGCUAGCACAGCAGCUGGAAGUCCCGUACAAGGUGCCAGUUACUUUGGGCAGGCCAAUGGAACUGCAAUUGGCAUGGCGCCAUUGGCCCACUUGGCCAUGUAUAAAGUAUCUGGCAGAGCCAGGAAGGCCGGCGAGAGUGAGAUACUGGCUGCAAUGGAUGCUGCAAUCGAGGAGGGCGUCGAUAUUCUCUCACUAUCCCUUGGUAUUGGUACUCAUCCUUUCUAUGAUGAUGUGAUUGCAUUAGGUGCGUAUGCUGCUAUUCAAAAAAGAAUCUUUGUGAGUUGCUCAGCAGGGAAUUCUGGGCCUUAUAGUUGCUCUUUAUCAAACGAGGCACCAUGGAUUCUAACGGUAGGAGCAAGCACUGUGGACAGAGCAAUAAGAGCAACAGUAUUACUUGGAAACAAAGUAGAGCUAAAUGGAGAAUCCCUUUUCCAGCCAAAAGAUUUUCCUUCGACAUUACUGCCACUUGUUUAUGCAGGUGCAAAUGGUAAUGCAUCAUCUGCGUCCUGUGACCAUGGAUCAUUGAAAAAUGUGGAUGUCAAAGGCAAGAUAGUUUUGUGUGAAGGAGGGAUUGAAACAAUUUCCAAAGGCCAAGAAGUAAAAGAUAAUGGUGGUGCUGCCAUGAUUGUAAUGAAUGAUGACCUUGAAGGCUUUAUUACAGCACCAAGGCUUCAUGUGCUUCCUGCAUCGCAUGUGAGUUACGAAGCAGGAUCAUCUAUCAAAGCCUACAUAAACUCAGCAUCAUCGCCAAAGGCUACAAUUUUGUUUAAAGGUACUGUAGUUGGCUUGUCAGAUGCUCCCCAAGUUGCUUACUUUUCCUCGAGAGGUCCUAGUUGCGCAAGUCCUGGGAUAUUGAAACCUGACAUUAUAGGCCCUGGUGUGAGAAUUUUAGCUGCUUGGCCAGUUUCAGUUGACAAUACCAGCAAUAGAUUCAACAUGAUCUCAGGCACCUCAAUGUCUUGCCCCCAUCUUACUGGCAUUGCUGCACUACUCAAAAGUGCUCAUCCUGACUGGUCACCGGCUGCCAUAAAAUCUGCCAUCAUGACUACCGCUAGUUUGGAUAACCUUGGAGGCAAGCCCAUUUCUGAUCAAGACUAUGUUCCAGCUACUGUCUUUGACAUGGGUGCAGGCCAUGUGAAUCCAUCAAGAGCAAAUGAUCCAGGGCUCGUUUAUGAUAUACAACCUGAUGAUUAUAUUCCAUACUUAUGUGGGCUGGGUUAUUCUGAUAAACAUGUACGGGUUAUUGUACAGCGAAAAGUGAAGUGCACAAAUGUUGCAACCAUACCUGAAGCACAACUAAAUUACCCUUCAUUUUCUAUCAAACUGGGGUCCAGUCCACAGACAUACACAAGAACAGUUACAAACUUUGGCCAGCCAAAUUCAGCUUACUACCUUGAGAUCUUUGCACCAAAAGGUGUAGACGUUAUGGUGACACCUCAAAAAAUUACUUUCAAUGGAGUAAACCAGAAGGCUACAUACUCUGCGACAUUUAGCAAAAAUGGGAAUGCUAAUGGAUUGUUUGCCCAAGGAUAUCUGAAAUGGGUGGCUGAAGGAUAUAGUGUUGGAAGCCCAAUUGCUGUAAUAUUUGAAUAAGCAGGUACAGAUUAAUAACAUAAUUGUAAUUCUGUAUAGGUCUAUGGCCUAUUUUGGAUUAACUAUAUAUAAUAAUGUGGAACAGAUCAAGUAUAA